AUGAAUAUGUUGGAUGAUGAAGAUGACCAAAGCUUUCACGCUACGCGUGACGGCUACUCCCAUUUGAGCGAUGUCGGAUGGGAUGCGGUUGAACGGAUGGGUUCAACCAUGGGCAUCCAUGCUGUUAGCGUCAUGCUAGAGGCUCACAAUCGAGAUUCCCAACAUGCUACUAUCGCCAAGUUCAUUCAAAAUGAACUUGACGCAGAACGCGAGAAAUUUGAAUUGUUGAGACAGCAACAGGCUGCUGCUGGUGGGUCGAUGCAUUCGCGUCGACCCGAGACCUUGAAGAUUGACAUCUCCAAGUAUAGGGGAGUCGAAGAGGACUCCCUCUUGAGAUGGUUCGUUGAAUUAGACGACGCUAUAAGGGCGCGUCGCAUCGACGAUGGGGAAACGCAAGCUGCAUUUGCCCGGCCAAAUCUGGCAGGACGUGCCAAGACUUGGGCACUGGGGCUCAAGCUGCACGACCCAUAUGCGUUUGGGUCGUUAGAAGUCUUCAAGUCGCGGCUCAGACAAACGUUUGAACCGCCUAGAGCUGAGUUCAGGGCUCGAACCGAACUCUUGAAGCUCGAACAAAAUAAGCGUGCUGUGCACGCUUACGCGCAACAUAUACGACAUCUCAUGAGUUGUAUAAGUUCCAACCCGGUUGAACAAGCCAUUUCCAUUGCGGAACAGGAAGACUUCAGUCUGAGACAGGCUCGCGCCAGCUCGACAUCAUAUCGUCAACCGAGACGAUAUGACAACGGAGGUCCAGAGCCGAUGGAACUCUGCUAUGUAGAGAGCGAGAAGGCUCGCUCUACAGGCUACAAGAAGUUGCAGAAAUGCAACAGACGUCAAAAGACAGGACACUACGCUUAUGAGUGUAGUGCCCCUCGUCCAGUGUCUCGCGACACUGGGCGUAGUGACCGUCCACCCAUGAGAAAGGGGCAGGAACGCGGGUCCGCUGUUGGUGCAAAGACGCAACAACGGGAUGGACCGUCAAAGAACGGUCAGGAUCAGUAG